CUCGACAUUCUGUAUUGCUGCAGCCCGCGUCUGCAUUUGCAUUUGCGUCUGCAUCUGCACCGCCCUCUCCUCCUCUGUCUCCAUUGGCAUUUUGCUGCCACCUGAUUGCAGGCCCUGUCCUGCCCUGCUUCGGCGAACACUUGGACCUCACUAGCGACGCAGUCUUACUCAACGCCCUGUCCACCUACCACCACCAGAAUUUCUCCGCUCGGUAGCUGGAAGCUGGAUGAUGCUCCCGCAUUGACUCCUGAUUCCCUGGAUGUCCAGACACACAUGUCGAGAUCUGCAUACCCGGCAGGGGCCAGGACCAGGCAAGGGGAGGGGAAAGACCACUUUGCUGCCAGCAGCGAUCAGAACGAAGCACCCUUCACGCACAUCCCGGGGGGUGUGUCUCCACUCCAGAGGCUAAGGCGGCCUUCACAAGGCCCUGACUGGCGACCCCGACCGCCACUUGCACGCCUGCCGUCGUCACGGCUCGAAAAGAAGACAGAAUAAUCCGGGGAGGAGGGGAGGACAGGGUGGAAAAUACAAACCGCCCUCUGGCCAGCUUAUCGUACGCCAACGUUGUGUCACCCCAACAACCUCCCUAUGGCACUACCGACGUUGACGCCCUUGACGCUGUGUCUCACGGCCCUUCUCCAAAUGCGGAAGGCCGUGGUGGCCACUCGCAUUCCCAACAAAUCAGAACGGACGAGCUGUUCUCCCUAGCCUGCGACUAGCUCCUGGGAACUUCAUUCCGUGCCGUCUGGGGGGCCCACUCUAGCUAGCCCGGACUCGUAGGACCAACUUGGAGCAGCGACGAGUCAUGGAAAGGUGGUGCGGCCAUCAAAUGGUCACUGGCUGGCCGCGUGACAGAGGUCGUCUUGAUGUCAGUCGAGGAAGGGAGCACGCUUCGGAAGCAGACCUGGGACAACGAAGCCUCCCCCACCCCAGGAGACACCGCCUUCUCCUUCUUCUCUGCCUCCCCCGGUCUUGCUGCGUUCUCUCACGCCCAGCCAAGCGCAGAGCACAUGACAUUCAAUAUCACGUGGAUGCUGUUUGCAAGGCUGUGCCCCCGGAAAGGAGAGACAGAGGCCAUUCAUCCAGGCAAAGACUCACCGCAAGCUGUACAGCGGACAUUGGCUGUUUAUGAAUCAUCCCAGCGUCAUAUGCUAUCAUGUUCGUAGAUGGGUCUUUAUUAGAUCGCUCAUUGCAGACGCGGAGACGGAACAAGCUUGUAUUGCGUGCAAAGUUAACAUAACAUGUAGCAAUGACCAAGACUAGCCACUUCUUUGGUUCUCUAAGCCUCCAUCCUCG